ACUCUCACUUUUUGCCGGCCCUUCUGUUUUCUGUGUAUAAACAAAGACCAGGACGAACAGCUUCAACCAGCUUCAACGAGGCUUCAACUGCAGACACUUUUUUACGAGAUUUUUGUAUCAAAGCAUGGCGGACGAGGUGAUCAGUGGAGCUGAUAAAGUAGGAAGCCUAGAUGCCGAACCGAAAGCAGAAAAUGGAAAUGCGGAGCCAAAUUUGCCGGCCGCUAUUGAAGAAAAGAAGUGCGAUGAUUUACUGGACGAUGAUACUGCCAGCAAUAUUUCGCAAACAAAACAGCGAAUUGCUCUAACAGAUGAGCAAAAAAGCAAGCUGGACAGUGAUGUGCUUGGUUUAUGGACGGAACAAAGUACUUAUGUGGACAAUCUUGAACUGCAAAUAUCCAGCAAAGACGGUGAAAUAAGAAAGCUCCAGGACUUGGUUACCCAAGUUCGGAAACAGUUGACAGAGUCUCAGCACAGACAACGAGUUUUGGCCUACAACCUGAGCAAUAAAAACCAGGAACUAAAUGAGGUUCAAUCUCAGCUAAAUACAAUGGUGCAAGCGCAGGUACCAUCCAUUGCAGCAGUGAGAAACGCUAUGUACGAUCCAGUGGUGUGUACAGUGGUGCAAAAACUAAGGGAGGAGCUUUCAGCAACAAAGACUAAACUGGAAGAAACUCAAAAUGAGCUCAGUGCUUGGAAGUUUACUCCAGACAGUAAUACUGGCAAGAGGCUUAUGGCGAAAUGUCGUCUAUUGUACCAAGAAAACGAGGAGCUUGGAAAAGUUAUUAGCAGUGGACGAAUAGCAAAGCUAGAGGGGGAGCUGGCUUUGCAAAAGAGUUUCAGUGAUGAAGUAAAAAAGUCUCAAUCGGAAUUGGAUGAAUUCCUUCAAGAGCUUGAUGAGGAUGUGGAGGGUAUGCAGGGUACAAUAUAUUUCUUGCAACAGCAGCUCAAAACAGCUAAGGACACAGUAGCAACUUUGACCCAGGAGAAUAAUACUCUUAAGAAAUCAAUCGUCCAGCAUCAAGAUGAUUCCAGGAAUACUGCUGAAAGAGUUUGGGAUUCAGAGGAUGGUACCAGAGAUUCCACUUUACAAGCAGAAAAAGAAGAGAAUAAAGAGGAAAACGAAGAUACAAGUGAAGGCGCUCAGAAAGAUGAAAGCAAUGAUGAGCCAUUAAACAAAAGGUUGAAAUUGAGUAAGGAAGAGACAGUACAGUGAGCGUUGUAUGCAUUAUUUUAUUGUACGCUGCUAAAUUGUAAAUAAAGUUCCCAACAGGAAUAA